AUGGAGGAAAGAGGAGGAAACAACAAGAGAAGAAAGGCUAAUUUAGAGAGAUCUGAAUUCGGAUCUCCCUCUUUAGAGGUUUCUUUAAAGGACAAGGAAUCAUAUACUCUCAUAGAAAGAUUUAAUUCAAGAUUUGAGAAUUAUUAUAGAUUACAGCAAAUAUGCCCAGAAAAGGAGUUUCAGGAUUUUAUGAAUUCACUUUCCUCUCCACUUCCGACAUCUCUGAGAGUUAAUGUUUCUCACUCACUUCACUCAUUAUUGGAGUUUCUUCUCAUCUUAGAAUCAGAAAAACUACUUAAUGAGACAAAGGCAGAUGAUAACAGUCCUAUUUUUAAGGAAAAAAGACUAAGUAAAAACUCCAAGUCUUAUUUAUUAAACCAGUACUCCAGAAAAAUGCUUAAGAGAGAGUCUCGACUGGCUAAGUUUCACGACCUAAUAGUAUCUCAAGACGAGUUUGGGACACUUUCAAGCCAGGAACUAGUUUCCAUGCUACCCUGUAUAUGUCUAGAUCCAAAACCAGGACACUCAAUCCUAGAUCUGUGUUCUGCACCUGGAAGCAAAUCCACACAAAUUUUGGAUGUAAUCCUUUCAUCUAGAAAUAACCAGCUUGGCUUAAGCUUACAAAAAGGUCUAUUUAUUUGUAAUGAUGUCAGUUCAAAAAGAUUGGACACACUUUCAUCCCGUCUAGCUAGAAUACCGUCUCCAAAUGUUCUAAUUACCUGUAUAGAUGCAUCCUUUUUCCCCAGUUUCAAACCAAGCACAAGUAAUAACACUUGUUUUUUUAAAUUUGAUAGGAUACUUGUGGAUUCUCCCUGUUCUGGUGAUGGGACACUCAGAAAGAAUCUUGAUAUUUGGACAACCUGGAAACCUGAAAAAGCCUUAAGUCUUCACAAAAAACAGAUUUCCUUACUUUCUAGAGCAUUCAAACUUCUAAAGUAUGGAGGAAGACUUGUGUAUUCAACGUGUAGUCUAAACCCAAUAGAGAAUGAAGCAGUUAUUUCCACUCUUAUGAAACAGUUUCCAGAAGCCAAACUUAUAGAACCCUCAAACCUGGAUGAAAGUGAAUUGAGUAUUUCCAGAGGUCUCAAAACAUGGGGAGUUUAUUGUGAUUUGAAAGAACAGAAUGAAACCCAGCUUUUUUUUACUUUAGACAGUGUACCAGAAACUUCAUUCAAGAAAAGCCUGACACAAAGUAUGUUUCCAACCAAAGAAUGGUCGGAAUCUGGUAACUUUAUGAAAUGUUUUAGAAUUUUGCCUCAUAAAAAUGAUACAGGAGGAUUCUUCUUUGCUAUUAUUGAAAAGGAAGGAGUUAAAUAUAUGUCUCAGACUGAACGAGGAUUUAAAUCUUCAUCUUGUAAAUAUGAGAAUGUAGAAUUGGAUGAUUUGGAGCUUAUUUUAAGUUUCUACGGUCUUUGUAAUCAGAGUGAAGAAGGAUCUAAUGGAGAUUUUGAAAGUUUCCCACUUCAGAUUAGGAGUCACCUAAAAAAUGUCGAGUUUCUGGAAAAAUCGUCUCUAGUGAAAAGGAAGUCUUAUGAUAAGACAAUUUAUCUCAUUGGGAAAGAUGUAUCACAACUCAUUUGCAAUUAUAAUUUAGAAUUGGAUAUAAGAUCAGUGGGUAUCAGAGCUUUUGAGUACCUUAAAGGUAGAAUUUCAGGAGAGGGAAAAUGUAAAUGGAGAAUUAACCAAAUAUCCUCCAAUUACUUGGUUAGAUUAAUGAAAAGAAGACUGGUUUUUGUGAGUGUCUCACUAUUAGAUCUCUUGGAUGAUGAAAAUAGAUUCAUAGAAGGGAUUAAAAUUCUGGAUCUUGAAAGUAAAGGAGAGCUUUUAGGAUUAAAGGAGCUUUGUUCUGAAACAUCAGGUGAGAAGAAACUAGAAAGUGGAGGUAUUUUAGUAGUUAUUUUGCCUCCAAGUGUUUUGAAAUAUGGAGGAAGCAGUAAAGUGAAUCCAAGUUUUCAAGAAUUCUAUCAGGGAGUCCCUCUUUCAGGAAUUCUCUAUAAAGACUCGGGAAUAAGUCUUUUUGUGUCUAAGAAUGAAAUAAAGUCUAUUAAACAGUUAAUAUUAAUUUAG